AUGUCCUUCAGGGUGCCACAGACCUCCAAGACAGCUUCGUUGGCAAUCGCCCUGAUGUUCCACAGGCUGAUAGGCAUGGCACACCAGGGGCUGGUAGCUGGUGGCCCAGGGGCAGUGGGUCACAAGCUGGGCUCUGCACCUGGCUGCAAGACUGUGUACCAGGGUGGAGAGGACAGAGGUGAGGCCCAGGUGGGCCAGGCAGUGGUCAUUGUGGCUGCAGAGUGUGGCAAGUGCAGUGACAAGCGGAAGCUCACAGUGCUAAUUGUUGCUGCUGGGGCCUGGGUACCACCGUAUCCUGGGCUGAAAGAAGUAACAGGAUCCGGUUCCUCAAGUUACCGUUCAACCUUUUAUUCAGUGGAGCUGCCCCCGCUUGAAGAAAAGCAAGCAAGCGAGAAUGCCCAGCCACAGCCUGACACCUCCAAGGGCAGAAUGAGAGCCCGCAUGUUUUGGGACCCCGCAAAGGAGGAGAUUCUCCGGUGCCAGGAGCCCUGGGACAAGAACCGAACCAUCAGUGACCUGGGCCACUACCAGAGGCUCUGCCAGAGCACCCAAGUGGCCCUGAGGGCAGGGAAAAGGCUUGAAAAAAAGCUGAAGAGGGAGGAACGGCUGCUGCCUCUUCUUGAGCCGAAUCCUGCAGUGCUGGGGCAGAUGCAGAAAGUGAGGAGACAGCUCUUCCGGCUGGACAGACAGCAGCGGCAGAAAAAUAUCAUACUGCAGCAAACAGAGCUGAUCAUUAAUAAAAAAGAGCAGUGUGAGAAGAAAUGUCACCGGGACGAGGGGCAGCUGCGAGUCAGGGGAAGCAGUCAGAAGAUCACCUCCUCCAAGCCUGAGCCCUCAGUAUCCCUUAAAAAAUCCUGAUUCCCUCCCAUUAAGAAAUAUACCUUUAGUUAAAAAUUGA